AUGGCAAUUAAUAAUCCAUCGUCUCUAUUCAUACUUUCAUGGCUGUUGGCCUAUUGCAUUUUAACAUAUAGUGCAAAUGCAUCAUCGAAAACUUCGAACAAAACAUCGACAACAACUUACCCUCGUUCAAGCAGCAAAUUGAUGAACCAAAUCGACUCGUGCUGGAGAUCAAACCCUAAUUGGGCCUCAAACCGUCAAGCCCUAGCCGAUUGCGCAAUCGGGUUCGGUUCCAGUGCGACGGGCGGGAAAUACGGACCCAUAUACAUCGUGACCGAUCCAUCAGACGAUCCGAUAAACCCCAAACCAGGUACGCUCAGAUACGGGGCAAUCCAGACCCAGCCACUCUGGAUCACUUUCCAGGGCGACAUGUCUAUAACUCUCGAGAACGAGCUCAUGGUCAACAGUUACAAGACCAUAGAUGGUAGAGGUGCUAGGGUUGAGAUAUCCAACGGGCCGUGUAUUAGUAUAGAUGGUGUUAAUCAUGUGAUAAUCCAUGGGAUUAGCAUUCACGAUUGCAAGCCGGGUAGGCCUGGCAUGGUCCGGAGCAGUCCGGACCAUGUGGGCCACAGACUCGGCUGCGAUGGAGAUGCGAUAUCCAUAUUCUCAUCGUCCAAUGUGUGGGUUGACCAUUGCUAUCUGGCACGUGCCGCUGAUGGCCUGGUCGAUGUCACGCAUGGGUCGAAUUUCGUGACGGUUUCCAAUAAUUACUUCACUCAACACGACAAGGUACGUUAA